AUGUCGCAUUCGCAAGCUCCGUAUGUCCCGUGCUCUCUCUCUCGGACGCAUUUCGCGCGCUCCGUUCCUCCCGUCAUCUCUCUCUCUCGUACGCAUUCGCGCGCUCCGUCUCUCUCGUGCUCUCCCACAGUAGCUCUUCCGUAUCUCCCAUUCUCUCUCUCUCUCGGUCGCAUUCGCGCGCUCCGUAUCUCCCGUCCUCUCUCUCUCUCGGACGCAUUUCGCGCGCUCCGUUCCUCCCGUCAUCUCUCGUGCUCUCCCACAGUAGCACUUCCGUAUCUCCCAUUCUCUCUCUCUCGGUCGCAUUCGCGCGCUCCUAGCUCUUCCGUAUCUCCCAUGCUCUCUCUCUCUCGGUCGCAUUCGCGCUCUGUAUCUCCCGUCCUCUCUCUCCUUCACGCAUUUCGCGCGCUCCGUUCCUCCCGUUACCUCUCGUGCUCUCCCACAGUAGCACUUCCGUAUCUCCCAUUCUCUCUCUCUCGGUCGCAUUCGCGCGCUCCGUAUCUCCCGUCCUCUCUCCCUCGGACGCAUUUCGCGCGCUCCGUUCGUCCCGUUAUCUCUCUCUCCUUCGUCGCUCCCGUGCUCUCCCACAGUCGCUCUCUCCGUCUCUCCUGUUCUCUCUCUCUCUCGGUCGCAUUCACGUGCUCCGUAUUUCCCGUUCUCUCUCUCUCGUUCGCAUUCACUUUCUCCAUCGGUUCCGCGAUUUAUUGCGGUCGAAUUCGCUCUCUCUGUCGCUCCCCUGCUCUCCCACCGUUGAAUGCGCUCUCUCUGUCUUGCCCCCGUGCUCUCCCACCGUCGAAUUCGCUCUCUCUGUCGCUCCCCUGCUCUCCCACCGUCGAAUUCGCUCUCUCUGUCGCCCCCCUGCUCUCCCACCGCCGCAUGCUCUCACUCCGUCGCUCCCGUGCGCUCCGUCGGUCGAAUUCAGGCUCACAGUUGCUCACAUGCUCUCGCUCUUCCAUGCUUGUUGCCUCCGUCACUCUCUUCUCCACCCCCUACGGUUUCCCUCUCUCACUGGUACUCUUCUCUCUCCUUUUCUGCCUCACACUGCCUCCUCUCUUGUCCUCCCCCCCAUUGCCGUCUCCCUCUCCUCUCCGCACUCUGUCCCACGAGUUCACCCUCCCCCUCCCUCCCCUCCCGAGCUCUCCCUCUCUCCCACUCCCUCUCCUCCUCCCCCUCCGUGCUAUCCUAUCACUGCCUCUUCUUCUCUGCCUCUGCUCUGUAUUCCAUCGCAUGUGGUUUGUUGUCUUGUUCGCAGAUGUCGUACAAGUGUAA